AUGCCAAUAAGAACCCUACCAGGCUCCCCCCGCCUUCUCCCCACCACGGCGCGCGACCCCGGCUCUGGUGCAGAUAACUCCCUCGGGACCCGACCCGACCCGACCUUGCAUCUGCUCCUGACUCGAGUAUCUAUCCAUCCAUCCCUACAUCCAUCGUCCAUCCAUCCGAGCUCGGUCCUAUCGCGACAUACCCCCGAGAGCGAGCGCGCGACCGGACUCGACCGGCGCCCCUGUCAGCAGAGGUGGAUGUGGGCAAUGUGGGGACCGUGCGUCAGAGGUAUUCCCGGUUGGUCAAGAUCACAUCAUGUUGACCGCGCCCGGGGAAGUGCGCCGAAUUAUUGGCAGCCUCGGAGUCUCGUGUUCCUUCUCAGAGAAGGAACGCAGUCAUCGUGCAUGCCCUGCCUGCUGCCGAUCGCAGGCUCGUUCCCAGAAGCAGGCAGGCAGGCAGGGAGGCCCUCUGCGGUAUAG